AUGGCGCGGGGAAAGGCGUUUGGGGCUGCGUUUAGCACCCAGCAAGCGCUCAUUGCGGGGUCUGUGGCUCUUGUACCCGUGGGAGCCACGUCUCAGCCGGCCUGUGCCUCCAUAGCAGCUGCGGGGAACCCAGUGCCCGAGAGCAAGGGGAAGGGGGCCCCGCCCGCAGGCCCUGCCCCAGGGCCCGGCCCCACCCUGGCCCCAGCACCCGUGCCCAUGCCCACCGCCAAAGUGGGGCACCUGGCCCCUGGGAGCUACCAGCUGGUGGUCUUUGAGCAGGAGAACUUCCAGGGCCACCGGGUGGAAUUCUCUGGGCAGUGCUUGAACCUGGGAGACCGCAGCUUCGACCGAGUGCGCAGCCUCAUUGCCACCUCUGGACCCUGGGUCACCUUUGCAUCCGACUUCCAAGGGGAAAUAUUCGUCCCGGAGAAAGGCCAGUACCCGCACUGGGACACCUGGUCCAGCAGCUACCGCAGCGACCGGCUCUUGUCCUUCCGACCCAUCAGGAUGGACUCCCAGGAGCAAAUGUUUGAAGGCGCCAACUUCAAGGGCAACACCGUGGAGAUCCAGGAAGACGACAUGCCCCGUCUCUGGGUCCAUGGCUUCCGUGGUCGCGUGGGCAGUGCGAGGGUGUCCAGUGGAACAUAAGUCUGGGUAGGGUGUCAGUAUCCCGGCUACCGCGGGGACCAGUACCUCCUGGAGCCUGGUGACUUCCGGCACUGGAAUGAAUGGGGAGCCCUCCAGCCUCAGAUGCAGGCCAUGUGUCACCUUCGGGACAGGCAGUGACAUUGCGAGGGCUACUUCCCUGUCCUGGCGGUGGAGCCCCCCAAGUGA